AUGGCGCAACACACGUUCAAUCGCCAACCACCAACCCAAAACUAUGGCCUCGUGUCAUUCCCAGCACAACACGUUAUGCUCGUGGUCUUCAACCGACCCAAGGCCCUCAAUGCUAUGACCAGCGACGCAGAAUAUGAGCUCGAAGCUCUCUGGGAAUGGUACGACGAGGAGCCCUCACUGCGCUGCGCCAUCGUCACAGGCGCUGGGCGUGCAUUCUGCGCUGGCAUGGACCUCAAGGAAUGGAACCAGAUCAAUCAGCGCAAAAGAGACGGAAUUCCCGAGAAGAGACCCAUGGACCCGCCCACGACGGGAUUCGGCGGCCUUUCGCGUAGGAGCGGAAAGAAACCCAUCAUCGCCGCUGUAAAUGGUCUGGCGAUGGGAGGCGGUUUCGAGAUCAUCGCCAAUCUCGACCUCAUCGUCGCUGCGAAGAGCGCUACCUUUGCUCUCCCUGAGGCUAAGAUUGGUGUCGUUGCUAAUGCAGGCUCUCUACCAAGACUGGCAAGGACAAUUGGCCGCCCGCGCGCCACUGAAAUGGCUCUUACAGGGCGGAGCAUCAGUGCUGCAGAGGCCCGCGAAUUUGGCUUUCUCAACGCCGUCACUGAAGACGCCCCAGCGGACAGCGAUGUGCUGGAGCGACCGGUGGUGCAGAAGGCGCUGGAGUACGCUGCGCUCAUUAUCAAGAAUAGCCCCGACAGUGUUAUUGUGUCUCGCGCGGGUAUCCUUGCGGGCUGGGAGCAUGGGAGUGCUGAGAAUGCAGUCCGGGUGCACCGUCAGACGUGGGACAAGAUCAUGGCUGAUGGGCACAAUUUCCACGAAGGCGUGCAGGCGUUUGUGGAGAAGAGGGCUCCAAGAUGGGUGGAUAGCAAGCUAUGA